UCGAAGAUCCCUCAUUUCAAAUUGUUUGAAUCACUUCUACGUUCUGCUCUCUUCGCCCCUCUCUCACAGCAGUCUUCUUCUUCCGCUUCCUCUUCGGGAACGGUGCAUUUCUCGCAAUUUCCUCGGCAAGAAGAAAUUCUUGCGAGCUUUUACAAGCAAUGCCGUUCAUAUCGGACGCGGCUAGUGCAAUCAAGAACCGAUUUGGGUUUCAGGAUCAUGCAUCGAACAGUGCGAUUCCACCUCGGGCUUCACCGGAUUUUCUUAAAUCGGCUACCAAGGAGAGUGUCGCUCAGAUGUCUGCUAUACGGAGUAUUGGCGAGUUCAACGAUGAAGAUGCAGGUGGUGAUGUUGCUGUAUCGUCGGGCCAGAUCUUUGAGCUUCGGGAGGAUCCUUCUUUCUGGAAAGAUCAUAAUGUGCAGGUGAUCAUAAGGAUUCGCCCACUUAGUAGUUCAGAAGUAUCUUUGCAAGGCUAUGGAAAAUGCGUAAGGCAGGAGAGCUGUCAGACUCUUACAUGGACUGGGCAUCCUGAAUCGCGCUUUACGUUUGAUUUAGUUGCAGAUGAGAAUGUCAGCCAGGAGAAGCUUUUCAAAAUGGCUGGAUUACCCAUGGUGGAUAACUGUGUUGGAGGCUACAACAGUUGUAUGUUUGCAUAUGGCCAAACUGGGAGUGGAAAGACUCACACCAUGCUUGGAGAUAUUGAGGGAGGUACACGAAGACAUAGCGUCAACUGUGGGAUGACACCUAGAGUAUUUGAAUACUUAUUCACGAGAAUCCAGAAGGAAAAAGAGGCCCGCAAAGAUGAGAAGCUGAAGUACACUUGUAGAUGCUCGUUUCUGGAAAUAUAUAAUGAACAGAUACUUGAUCUUCUGGACCCAUCAUCUAACAACUUACAGAUUAGAGAAGACAGUAAGAAAGGGAUUUACGUAGAGAACCUCAAAGAGAUAGAAGUUACAAGUGCUCGCGAUGUUCUUCAGCAACUUCUUCAGGGUGCUGCAAACAGAAAAGUAGCAUCCACCAAUAUGAAUCGUGCUAGCAGUCGUUCCCAUAGUGUAUUUACAUGCAUCAUUGAAAGUAAGUGGGAAUCCCAAGGCGUAACUCACCACCGAUUUGCUCGACUUAAUCUUGUUGAUUUAGCCGGAUCAGAAAGGCAGAAGAGUUCUGGAGCUGAAGGUGAACGUCUUAAGGAAGCUACUAAUAUCAACAAAUCUCUUUCUACAUUAGGGCUUGUGAUAAUGAAUCUAAUCAACGUAUCCAAUGGAAAGUCACUUCACGUACCUUAUAGGGACUCCAAGCUUACAUUUCUGCUUCAGGAUUCUCUGGGAGGAAAUGCAAAAACGAUCAUCAUUGCUAAUAUCAGUCCUUCAAGCUGCUGUUCUUUGGAAACACUCAGCACGUUGAAGUUUGCACAACGGGCUAAAUUUAUAAAGAAUAAUGCAAUCGUGAACGAAGAUACUUCUGGAGAUGUAAUUGCCAUGAGGCUACAGAUUCAACAACUUAAGAAAGAAGUUUCCAGAUUACGGGGUUUAGUUAAUGAUGGAGACAAUCAAGAUAACGAUAGCUUAGCAGUAAGCUUUCCUGGAACUCCAGGAACUUUAAAAUGGGAUGGACUUCACGGGUCAAUGAGUCCUUUUACAGCUGGUAGAAGGAUGUCUCAGAGAAGAGACUAUGAAGUUGCCCUUGUUGGGGCCUUCAGGAGAGAAAAGGAUAAGGACAUGGCGUUGCAAGCAUUGGCUAAUGAAAAUCAGGCAGCGAUGCAACUGGCCAAGCAAAGAGAGGAUGAAAUACAAAGUCUUAAAAUGAGACUACGGUUUCGAGAAGCAGGAAUAAAAAGGUUGGAAGCAGUUGCUUCUGGAAAGAUCUCUGCAGAAACACACUUACUGAAAGAAAAGGAGGAACAUUUGAAGGAAAUUGAGGUUUUGAAAAAUCAGGUUGAUCGGAACCAAGAGGUUACCAGAUUUGCCAUGGAAAACCUGCGUUUGAAGGAAGAAAUUAGAAGGUUGAAGUCAUUUUAUGAAGAGGGCGAACGGGAGAUGGUACACGAACAGAUCAUGGAAUUGGAAAGCAGGUUAUUGGAAGCACUUGACUGGAAACUAAUGCAUGAAUCAGAUCCUUCGUCAAUCCAGAAAGGAAAUCCAGACAUGAUAGCAGAUGUCGAUGAUGAAAACUUUCUGACUACCAAUCAGGAGCGGGGAUCACCAUGGAGAUCUUCAAUAAACGAGGAGAAUGAAUUCCUUCGCAUGCAGGCCAUUCAUAACCAAGAUGAAUUGGAUACACUUCGCAAGGAACUUGAAUUAUGCGUUGAAGAAAAGGAAAAAUUAGCAAGGCGUGUAGAUGAAAUGGCAACAAAACUCGAGUCUAACGGAUAUACUGGACCUGUGGACGGAACUAAUCAAGUUGAGCUUCCUUUGGCAUCAAAUGACAUGUCCACCAUCAAUUUUAGCGACCAAAUGGAGUUAAAGACAAUGGUUGACGCCAUUGCUGCUGCUAGUCAAAGAGAAGCAAGUGCUCAUGAAACGGCAAUAGCCUUGUCCAAAGAGAAUGAUGAACUUCGUAUGAAGCUAAGAGUUUUAAUCGAGGAUAACAAUAAACUCAUUGAACUGUAUGAAACAGCAGCUUCAGAAUGCAAGUUUGUAAAUGUAAGUAAAGUUGAAACUGCACAGAAUGAUGCUAAAGUGGUCGAAACUUCCGAUGAAAAAGAGGCUCAUGAGAAAGCGGUUGAGCGGCUACAGCAACAGCUAGUGGAAAUGCACGAGGAAAAUGAUAAGUUAAUGAGCUUGUAUGAAGGGGCCAUGCAGGAGAAAGAUGAGUUCAAGAAGAUGCUUUCUUCUUUAGAACACACAAAAGUUGACACGAAAGGAGACUCUGAUUGCAUCGAGAAGUUUGUUGAAGUUGAUGAAGGGAUGAAUGAGGCAUACGUUGAACCUUUCAACCCCAAUGAAGCACAAAAUUUGGUCUGUCAAUCUGUACCAUCUGAAAUGGAAAUACUCGAUGGAGUGGGAGAGAGCAAUGAGUCCGUCCCGAGACUUGGAAAUUCUCUUGAAGAAGAAAAUGAUGGUCUUGUUGCAGAUGAACUAUGUUCCCACACAAACUCUGAUGUAAAGGAAGGGAAUGGGUUAGAUGAAGCAGACGAAUUAGUUGAAGAGAAAGGUACGUCUAAUGUGGACAAGGCAGAACAGAUGCAAUCUGAAACACAGAUGGAAACUGAUCCACCCGCUCUUAUUGUAGAAAUGUUGCCAGAAGAUUUAAGUACGAUUAGAAAGAAGCUUGAAGCAGCAGAAGAACAACUUUCAGAUUCAACCAGGAAUAUCAGUGUUUUAAGUUCACUUGAAAAGAUGAUAUUUGAGGCCGAUAAACUCUCAAAACAGGUUGAAGUUGUGGAAGAUGAAGUUCAGUUAAAGCAGAAGGAGGUUGAAUCCCUUAAACUAGUCUUAUCCAAAAAGCAAGAAAGUAGAGAUCUUGCACACAGUAAGUUUUGCGCUCUGAGAUACUCUCUCACCAACUUUUCUUCUUCAAUAAUUUAUUUUGAACAACGAGAAACAAGGGCAAGAGCAAGGGCAGAUGCUUCAAAGUCUUAUUUGGCCCAGAGGAAAAACGAGCUGACCUCCCUUCAAGCACACAAAGCAGAAAUCGAGGCUCAAUGUGUAAAGAUUCAACAAUCUGAAGUGGAACUGAGGAGCAACCUUGCAAGCUUAAAAUCCAAGUUAGAUGAAGAAAGUCAAAAACAAGAAAAUGACAAGGUCCUCUUUGCAAUAGAUAAUGUCGAGAAAACAGAUCCCCAACCAAAGAGCUGGCAAUUCACUGGUCGAGCCACAGAUUUACUAAAGUCUGCAGAAGAAAAAACUAAGUUGCAAAAUGAGAUGAAGCUAGCUAAAGAAAAACUAGGGGCAAUAAGAAAGGAACUUGAAGAUUUGACAAGGAAGUCUAGAAAGGCUGAUAGUGACAUCAAAGCUGUUCAGUUGGAGGUACAGAAAGCUUCAAGGUCCGUUGACGAGAUGGAGGCCGGAGUUCAAGGGGUAAUCAGUGAAAAGGAGACACUGUUGGAAAUGAGGAAUACUGGAAUGAUAGAGUUCGAGAACAUUAUGUUGGAGUACCAAGAGUGCCUAUUUGAAGCAGGUCUGAAGGAGGCAGAGAUAAGAAUUUUGGAAGAAGAAUUGCAGAUGGAGCAUCAAAGGAUGGAGGAAUUGGUGACAGAAAAAUCUGUAGCCGUCCAAAAGACAAACCGGUUAUUAGACGAUAACAGGCAUAACUCAUGCUUCUUAUCCGAAAAAGUGGAAGAAGAGAUGAGAAGCAUUCGCUCUUCAGUUAUGGAGGCAAAAUUAUUGCUAGAGGGAAAUCUACAUCACGUUUAAGUUUUCAUUUGAACUGUUGCCACAAUUUCUGUAUAUGUGCAUGUGAAGAUGAUUAUGCUGAUUAUGCCUUAUUGAUGGAUCCCCUUGUUUUGAGUAAACUAUUCAAUAUAUGAUUGUUG